UGCAGGAGGCGAUGUCGCUGCUGCGGUCGCUGCGCUUCCUCCCGGUCGUGUGCACCGGCCGCUCGGCCAGGUCAGCCCUGCUGCAGCCGACCCAGCCAUGGCACACGUUUCACGCGGGCCCCUCCUCGUCGUCUUCUGCCUCCAGCAAGGAGCUCCUUAUGAAGCUGCGGCGGAAAACAGGCUACUCCUUUGUCAACUGCAAGAAAGCUCUGGAGACGUGUGGCGGUGACCUCAGACAGGCAGAGGCCUGGCUGCACAAGCAGGCCCAGAAGGAAGGCUGGAGCAAAGCCGCCAAGCUCCAUGGGAGGAAGACUAAAGAAGGCUUGAUCGGGCUGCUGCAGGAAGGAAACACAUCUGUAUUAGUAGAAGUAAACUGUGAGACGGAUUUCGUCUCUAGAAAUUUAAAAUUUCAGCAGUUGGUCCAGCAAGUUGCCCUGGGAACCAUGUCACACUGUCAGAGCCUAAAGGAUCAACUUUCCACGUACACUAAAGGCUUCCUGAACUCCUCUGAGCUUUCCGAGCUCGCAGCUGGGCCCAACAGAGAAGGCUCUCUCAAGGACCACCUGGCCUUAGCGAUUGGGAAACUGGGAGAGAACAUGAUUCUUAGGCGAGCUGCCUGGGUGACGGUGCCGGCUGGGUUCUAUGUCGGCUCUUACGUGCACGGAGUAACGCAGAGCCCCUCGCUGCAAAACCUGGUGCUGGGGAAGUACGGGGCCCUGGUCGUCUGCCAAAGCUGUGAGCAGAGUGCAAACCUGCAGGACGUGGGCCGCCGCUUGGGGCAGCAUGUGGUGGGCAUGGCCCCACUGUCUGUCGGCUCCCUGGAUGAUGAGCCUGGAGGAGACGCUGACACCAGAAUGCUGUCCCAGCCAUACCUGCUGGACCCUUCCAUCACACUGGGACAGUAUGUGCAGCCCCAGGGCGUGUCUGUAGUCGAUUUCGUGCGCUUUGAAUGUGGGGAAAUGGAAGAGGAAGAGGUAGCGGAGGCCAAGUAGGUUCUUGGCCCGGGUGAGAAUAUUUAUAUGUAGAUCUGGAUUUCCUCAUAAAAAGUUACCUUCUAACCCUCUUCAACCCU